AUGACCUUCCCUCCCCCUCCCCCUUCCUCCCAAUCGUCGAUUGCUCCAGGCACCGAUAAGUCUUCUUUGACCCGGCCUACACGGUCACAGCAGUCUCCCUGGGGCCCGCCCGUGUCGCAAUCCAGUGUUCGUCGGGGGUUGACACCGCUUGCGACCAACCUUUCUUCGGCCUCCAACCCCUCUGUUUCUGCCCGCGGGCUACCUCAGUCAAGUAGCCCUGGCCCCGGGGCAUCGACCUCGUCUCCCCUUACCUCAUCAUUCUCCGCCGUCCUGAGCUCCUCGAGGGGCUUUCCACUUGGUCGGAGCGCUCCUUCACCAGCGUCCACACCAGGGCCCUUUGCUUCCUACCAACCUGGCUCGCAGCAACACCAGCAGCCGCCCGGUCAAUCUCUUUCCUCUCCUAAAGUCAGAGCUCAUACCCCAUCUUCAGGGUCACAUCUGGCUUCCGCAGCGGGCUCCGUCGCGGGUGGUGGAGGUUCCGGGGGAGGUGGAGGCGGGACCGGUUCUUCCAGAGGCGCUACCUUCUCUCCGCUCUUGUCCGGCACAACCGUGAACUCGCCAACGGGAUUUCCCUCCGACAAGCCGGGCUCUGCAGCGGCUCACGCAAGCCAGUCCUCGCUGGCAAAGAUAUCCAUAGCUCAGGUUUUCCUUUUAUUGGAUUCCAUUACAGAGAAAGAAGGCCGUGAGAAGUGGGAAACUAAAGCUGCUCAAAUCCAUAAACUUGUUGAGUCAAACGGCAUGGAGGUCUUCUCCAAAUAUUUCCGACGCCUGCUCACGGGCAAUGCCCCUCAGAUUUUCCCUGGUCUCAAUAAAUCCGUGGAAAAUGCAGGAAACUACCCACUUCUCGUUCAGGAGAUGCAAAAGGUGUCUCAGGAUAUAGAGCAAGCGCAGAAAAUAGCGGAGACUGUUGAUGGUUCUGAGGGCGAUAUCUUUCGUGACUUCGACCUCUCCACCUUUUUGGAUCAUUUCAAGCUCGAUCCGAUAGUCAAAGUUGCGUUGGCUCUAACAUUCAAGACUGCUAAUAAGUCAGAUUUACGUGCCAAAGCCGAUGCUAUCCUUGCGAACUCGAUAACCCCCUUCCUCCAAAGCCUAGCAAACCCGUCGGACAUAUCCAAAGAAUUCAGCAAUGGAUUUAUUGGUAUCACGAUCGAGCGCUUUAUCCUUUACCCGCCUCGCAAUUUCAGUGACGAUGUGAAAGCCAAACUGGUGUACGCCGCGAACCUGCGUUACCAGAAACUGGCGAUAGAUAUGCCUUUUGAGGUCGCAUCCGCCUUGCAGAUGUUCAAUUUCGUCAACCCCAAGUAUACGCUUGUCCGCCAACUUCACUCCAAGGGUCCAAGAGCAACCUCAAGCUCUGAUACUGUGAAUGAGACUGUUACUGCUGCCGGACUUGACUGUUGGAGCGAGGAACACAUUGCCGCUGCGCUUCUCUUUUUGGUCCUCUCCCAGUACUGGCGGGAUUUCUCACUGGAGACAUAUCUCGCCACUGUGCGAUCACACUAUGGCGAGAAGCAAAUCAACUGGUCCCUCAUCCUUCGAAACUUUGACCGCGAAGGUUUAAGGUUGGACCCUCGACAGUUUGCCAAGCUCUAUGCUGUUCUUUUGACAGUGGCCGCAGAGGAUUCAACCUUAGACGUCCAGAAACUCUGGGGCGGUGACUGGGAACACCGGGACACUCAAAUGUCAUUCCUGACAGCCUUCAUCACCUCGCGGACAGACGUUUCGCAGGUACCUAACCUCCGCGCGACGUUUUCCCCCGAGUUCUUCUCUGAUGGCCCUGAAACCGUUCGUUCACAAGGCGAGCGGGCCGUAAAAUCACCUCUUCGGUCCUUGGACGCCAUGAAGGCGAUAUUCGAUUUGGCUUUGUUUUCGCAGGCAGCAUGGUCAGCUCAUGAAAGCCAAUUGGUCAUAAAAGCGGUAGUCCAGUACGAUUUACCUGUCUUCUUAUGCUCAGCAUUGGCUUUACCCCAGCCAUGGACCAGCGUUCAACAGAGUUUCAUUCUCCGAACCCUUGUUGUGUUUAUCCUGAAACAGGAGGAUGGAUAUCAGCUCGCUCUUCACGGCGCCUGGCGUCAGGAUCAGCAGUGGGUAGCGGAGCAGUUGUUCACCAUGUUCACCCAAGACCCCACCUCGACUGCGGCUAUCUAUGAACAUGCGGUUGAAUAUCACUGGUUGGACUACCUUCUUGGAUAUACGAAUGGUCUUGCCAUGGAUCUUGCUUGCUACGCUCAUCGAAAAGGCCAAUUUGAUCUAGAGCAGUGGGUGCAGAAUGCAGCUCAAAAAGGACCCAUGGACAUGGGUAGCCUUUUGUCCAAAUUCCUCAGAAUCAAGGCAGAAGACGAGCUCCAUGUUCAAAGGAGGGAACAAAGUGCACCUCAGAUGGUCAGCCUGUCAGUCAAAACGGUCUUUACACUCCUAUCGGUCCUGGAAGAAUACGUCGGAGACCGUGAAAACCUCACACCGGUCCAGCGCGUUUGUAUCCAAACAUAUCCUAGGUUGAUUAACUACGGUGAAGGAUUCGAUGAUAUAAUCGAUGCAAAUGGCGAAACUGGAAACUCCUUGCCUGAGCCAGUUGACAAGAAAAUGCAGGAGCUCUUUGGCAAAAUGUACCACGAGGAGCUGUCCUUGAGAGAGAUCAUCGAGCUUAUGAGGCGGUACAAAUCCUCUCGUGAGCCAUCCGAGCAAGAUCUAUUUGCGUGCAUGGUUCACGGGCUUAUUGAUGAGUAUCACUGCUACCAUGAAUACCCAUUGGAGGCUCUGACCAAGACCGCUGUAAUGUUUGGUGGCAUCAUCAAUUUCCGGCUCGUUGACGGUAUCACUCUGAAAGUGGGCCUGGGCAUGAUUUUGGAAGCGGUUCGUGAGCAUGACGUUCAUGAUCCUAUGUACAAAUUUGGAGUUGAAGCUAUUGAGCAGCUGAUCAAUCGCCUUCCUGAGUGGGCUGGUUUUUGCCAUCUCUUGUUGCAAAUCCCCAGUUUACAGGGUACGCCCAUCUUCCAAAAAGCAGAGGAGGUUCUGCGUGAGCAGGGAAGCCAAGUUCGCGAUGAUAGUGGCCGACAAGAUAGUACCGCUGGUGGUUCUAUCACGAACGGAAAUGUCGAUGAGUUCGCUGCCCCCGAUAACUCGAAUCGUAAAUUCGUCUCUAUUCACGUUGACCCUCCCCUCCGACCAGACCUCUAUCAAGAACCGAAUGAGGAAGUGCAGGAUAAGAUCCUGUUUGUGCUGAACAAUGUCUCUGAACAAAACAUCGAUGAAAAAUUGCGCGACCUAACCGAUGUUCUUCAAGAUCCACAUCAUCAAUGGUUCGCUUCGUAUCUGGUGGAAGAGCGUGCUAAACUGCAACCCAAUUUUCAACAAUUAUAUCUCGAUCUCCUGGACCGCAUCAACGACAGGAUAUUAUGGGCCGAGGUCUUGAGGGAGACGUACGCGAGCCUGUCCAAAUUGCUCAAUUCCGAAGGAACACUAGGCUCAUCUACUGAGAGGAGUCAUCUCAAGAAUCUGGGCUCCUGGCUUGGGUCUUUGACCAUCGCAAAGGACAAGCCUAUCAAACACAAGAACAUCUACUUCAAGGGACUCCUCUUAGAAGGAUAUGAUAGUCAGCGCCUGGCAAUCGUUAUCCCAUUUACCUGCAAAGUACUGGUGCAGGCCACAAGGUCUACCGUCUUCAAGCCGCCGAACCCAUGGCUAAUGGACAUAAUUGCCUUGCUUAUGGAGCUCUACAUGUAUGCUGAGCUGAAACUGAACCUUAAGUUUGAGAUUGAGGUUCUGUGCAAGGACCUUGACCUCGACCACAAGACAAUCGAGCCUUCUGUUAUUAUUCGUGACCGUUCAGCAAACAUUGAAGAUGCAUUGUCGACGGCGAAUAUCCCUGAAGGACUCGAGGCUUUUGAAGAUAUGUCCCUCGCCACAAUAAGCCAGGGCAUGCGUAACGAGAGACUUUCUCCCGCUGCGAUUAUGUCUACGCUUCCCAGCCUAGACAAGAUUCUUGUUCUCCCGUCAUCUGCAAGCAGCAUGAUUGAUCCUAACAUUUUGCGACAAAUUGUGCACACCGCUGUGGAACGCGCCAUUACGGAGAUCAUUACUCCUGUUGUUGAACGGUCUGUGACAAUUGCCUCGAUUUCUACUGUCCAGUUGGUCUCAAAGGACUAUGCCAUGGAGCCUGAUGAGGAGCGAUUCCGACAUGCUGCUGGCACAGUUGUCAGGCAACUUGCUGGUAGUCUGGCGCUAGUAACUUGCAAGGAGCCAUUGAAAGUCAGCAUGACCAAUUAUAUCCGAAUGAUACAACAAGAUUAUUCUGAGCAGCCAAUGCCGGAAGGCCUCAUUUUGAUGUGCGUCAACGAUAACCUUGACGCCGCUUGCGGCAUAGUUGAGAAGGCGGCGGAGGAGAAGUCACUCCCUGAGAUCGAAAAGGUCAUUGAACAACAGUUGGAAGCUCGCAGACGCCAUCGGGCGGCUCGUCCAACAGAACCGUUCAUUGAUCCGUCCAUGACUCGUUGGGGACUAUUCAUUCCUGAGCCCUAUCGCCAAACUCCAGGUGGUCUGAACAAGGAGCAGUUGGCGAUUUAUGAGGAAUUUGCACGGCAGACUCGCGGGCCAACCGCAACCCAUAUCCAGAACGCCUCUACAGAUUCUGGUCGGCAACUUCCGGAUGUUCUCCAGGAGCCGUACCCACCGAUUCCGAACCUCUCAACCCCCGCAGAGCAGCCAGCAGUUCCUCACAGGACACCACAGCCGCAGCAGGAUUCUCGCUUGCAACAGUCCAGCUUGGUGGGAACUUCGACUCAGCUUAACGGUCUCGUUGAAUCUCAGAACCCGCGUGACAGAGUGGAAAGCAUCGUCUCCGACCUUCAGCAGGCGGCUCGAAAUGCUCCCGAGGAACAUGUCAAAGAUCUUGGUCGUGAGAGUGCCGUCCUUCAAGAGUACAACCAAGCACUACGUGCCAUUGUUGCCUCGCCCAAUGGUGAAGAAGUGGCCCGAUUGACAGCACUCAAGGCAUGCACCAGCCUCUACUCACAAACACAGAGCACCCUAGAGAUUGAGGUUCUUGUGCAUUUGUUGGCCAAGUUAUGCGAUAUGUCGUCCAUUGUUGCUCGCUAUACCUGGGCUGUCUUAUCGGAAGUGGAUGAUGACCACAUGUUCAAUGUUCCUGUCACCGUCGCUUUGAUAGAUGCCGGGCUUUUGGAUAUUCGCCGCAUCGACAUGAUCUUGACAAGGCUUAUCCUCCAGAAGAAUGCUGCCGCUCUGGACGUCCUUGCCAACCUGAUGGACCGCGUCCUCUUUAACGAGGAGCCAUCUGCAUUACGAUCCGAUUUCUCUGGCAGUCUUGAGGCCAUGAGCCAAUGGCUUGCCGUGGACUCGAGCCUUACCCCCGCCAACAACAUAAUCAGAAAACUGCGAGAAUCCGGUAUUCCUGAAAUCGUCAACCAGCUCCUUAGUGACAAAGCUCGUACCAAACGUGAUCAGAUGGAGUAUAUAUUCAGUGAAUGGAUUGGAAUCUACAAGGCACCCGGGGCUGUGGAGCGCACGUAUCACUCUUUCCUGAAUGAUUUACACCAGAGGCAGAUUUUGAGCAGCCAAGAAGAUUCGGCCCUCUUCUUCCGUCUCAGCAUCGACAUCUCUGUUGCGAUGUUCGAACACGAGUCACAGAACCCCAGUGGCAGUUUGGACGAAGCAUUCCUCUACAUUGAUGCUCUCGCCAAAUUGGCCGUCUUGCUCGUCAAGUUCCAGGAGGAGGAGGGCGCCGGCACUGUGAAGACCAGUAAAGCCGCUUACUUGAACUCAAUUCUAUCUGUCCUCGUGCUUGUUUUGAACCAUCAUCAGGUGAUGAGGGGAGAGGCUUUCAACCAGCGCGUGUUUUUCAGGCUGUUCUCAAGCAUUCUCUGUGAAUACUCGCUGUAUGACCUACAGUCCGAAGAACAGCACCAGGAAAUGAUGUUCACACUGGCCAAUAAGCUUCUGUCCCUACAGCCCAAAUACUGCCCUGCAUUCGUCUAUGGAUGGGUUUCGUUGGUCUCCCACAGAUUCUUCAUGUCCGGCAUGCUCACCAUGUCGAAUCGAGCAGGCUGGGCCCCUUAUUGUGAUAUCAUGCAAGUUCUGCUGUCUUACAUUGGCGAGCAGUUGAAGCCGGGAAACAUCUCUUACGUUGCCAAGGAACUAUACAAGGGCGUGCUUCGUAUCUUGUUGAUUCUUCAUCACGAUUUCCCUGAAUUUGUUGCCGAAAAUCAUUUCCAAUUCUGCAACGUCAUCCCAGCACACUGUGCGCAGCUCCGCAAUCUGGUGUUGAGCGCCUACCCGUCUUCGUUCCACAAACUCCCUGAUCCAUUCCGGGAAGGUCUCAAAGUCGAGCGCCUAGAAGAGAUGCGGGAGGCACCUAGGAUUGCAGGAGAUACGGCUCUUCCGCUUCAGCGUGCAAACAUCAAGCAUCUUAUUGAUAAUGCUGUCCAGGGCAACAAUGUGUCGGACUCAACUAUCCAGCAAAUAUGUGAAGCCAUCUAUUCUCCGGAAAGCCAGGAGACUGGCCUCCUCUACUCGCCGAUAAAUGUCAAUGUUGUUCUAUUGAACGCUAUGGCACUCUAUAUAGGGCAAGGAGCGGUUACUGCCAACGCGUCCAAAGGCAAUACACGCGCGGCUUUUGAGACCUCUACCCACUCGGCAUUGUUGGAGAAACUUGCGAAGAAUUUGCGCCCAGAAGCACGUUACUAUCUUUUAAGCGCAAUGGCGAACCAACUGCGCUACCCUAACAGCCAUACCUACUUCUUUAGCUUCGCGAUCUUGCGCCUGUUCGGCACGGAUUACUCUGAGCAGGAUGAGUCCGAUAUCCGCCAGCAGAUCAUCCGCGUGCUUUUAGAGCGACUCAUUGUUCACCGCCCCCAUCCCUGGGGACUUAUCAUUACCCUCCAGGAGUUGCUUCAGAAUGGAAGCUAUGCCUUCUUCCAUCUUCCCUUCAUUCAGGCUGCGCCUGAGAUUGGCCGUCUAUUCGAUGCGCUCCUGCAACACAUUCAACAACAAAGCCCCAGGGCAAUCUCUUAA